UUUCUCGGUCUGGAUUGUUCUCGAAUCUAAAGCCAAGCUUAAACCGGUGUGCGCGCCCGUAGGCCAAAACAUCGGUGAAUCCAGAAAACAUAGUAGCUUCCACCCGAAGUCGGCCCCCCAGCAGUCAUCCUUUCGGCGAUCAAAAUAUCUAAUCUUCGUCUUCAAUUUCGGGUUCUCCAAAGAGGAGAGAAAAAGCAAAGGCCCUCAAUUGCUGAGAUAUCAUGGCAAAUCAGUACUCCAAUGAUGGUUCUAGUACAAGCAACAUUUCUGGAGAAAGUUCGGAUGCAACUGUAGAACUGAAUAUCAAGACUCUAGAUUCUCAAAUUUACAGUUUUCAGGUGGAUAAAAAUAUGCUAGUUGCAGCAUUCAAGGAGAAAAUAGCUAAUGAAAUUGGUGUUCCAGUAGGUCAGCAAAGACUGAUUUUCCGUGGAAAGGUUUUGAAGGAUGAACAUCACCUUUCUGAAUAUCAAGUGGAGAAUGGGCAUACCUUGCACUUAGUUGCAAGGCAGCCAACGCAGUCGCAACCUUCGACUGAUACAAGCUCUGGUGACACAAAUGCAAAUAAUGGUACUCGAGGAAAUGAUCCUAGUGCUGGCACCCCCCAAAAUCGUGUUGGGCAAAUAUCACAUAGUGUAGUUCUUGGGACCUUUAAUGUUGGCGAUCAAGGUGAAGGCAUUGUUCCAGAUCUCACUCGGGUUAUUGGGGCAGUUCUGAACUCCUUUGGCGUUGGUGGUCAGACCGCAGCUCAUAGCAUUGGUGGAAUGCAGUCCUCUACCAUGCCAAAUUUUAGUGGUCAGACUCCUCAAGGAAAUGAAACAGCAGAUGCAUUACGAAGUAAUGUUGGUGGACAGAGUCAUGUAGGAAAUCAAACACAAUCUGGGCAGGCAUUUCCUGGUCAGCCAUUUCAAUCACUUCCCCAAGUCAUGCAAAUUCCAGUGACUGCAGCAGUACCUGUUCCUUCGCUUCGUUUGCCAAUCCCUGAUUCUUUGAGUACACUUUCCGAGUUUAUGACUCGUAUGGAGCAGGCACUGGCACAAAAUGGUUAUCAGCCAAAUACAUCUUCAAGCAGCACAAGAGAUGCCCCAAGGGUAGAAUUACCUUCUAAUGUACAGGGAUUGCAAGCCUUGACCGUCAUUCUGCGACAUGCAGAACAGCUUCUCGGUGGUCAUGUGGUCACUGCAUUAUCUCAUAUUGCAGAAUGCUUGGAACGAGAUGGAGCUUCUAGUGAUCCAUCUAUAAGGGGCCAAAUUCAGACAGAAUCAGCUCAAGUAGGCCUUGCUAUGCAGCAUGUAGGUUCUCUUCUUUUGGAGCUUGGUCGGACAAUCUUGACGCUGCGAAUGGGACAAUCUCCUGCUGAUUCUUCUGUUAAUCCUGGACCUGCGGUUUAUAUAUCUCCAUCAGGACCUAAUCCUUUAAUGGUCCAGCCUUUUCCCCUACAAGCCAAUUCCAUCUUUGGUGGCUCUGCUCUACAACCGAAUCCAACGAAUUUCAGUCAUGUUGGUAUUGGUAGUGCGCCAAGGAAUGUAAAUAUCCAUAUACAUGCUGGUACCUCACUGGCACCUGUUGUAUCAGCCAUAGGUACCCGGGCAAGUAAUGGGGAGGGGACACAAGGAGAGCGGGGCAAUGGUACUGGUUCUGGUGGUUCAGGCUCAGUGAGGGUUCUACCAGUGCGAAAUGUCAUUGCAGCAGCUGUGCCUUCACAUUCUACUGGUGCUGCUGUUUCUGUUUCAAAUGCUGCACAACCUGGUCUAGGUGUUUCUAUUUCGCAACCUCAAUCUGAUCCUACAUCAUUAUCCUCUGUGAUAGCUGAAGUCAAUUCACGGCUGAGAAAUCUUGUUGGUACCAUGCAAGGAGAAAACCAGCAUGCAUCAGGCUCUGUUAGUUCUGGUGCAAGCAAUGGUGCAAGCAGCGAACAACCAAGUAGUAUGGUGAUCAAUGGGGCAGGGGAAUCUGCAGUGACCUUACCUGUGCUAACGUCUGAAGGUGAUGAUCAAAAGAAUCAAAAUGAUCAUGUUCGAGGAAGUAAUGAGGAGGCUACAGAGAGUCUUUUGAGCUCAAACGAUGUCUCAUCUUGCUCAGUGGGAUGUUCAAAUGGAGAAACCUCACUAAAGUCAAAAGAGUCUUCAAAAAAUGCCCCUUGUUCCAGUGAGAAGCCUGAGGUUCCAGAAGGGGCUCAAGCUGUUCCACUUGGACUGGGGAUGGGGAGUUUGGAACGCAAGAGUAAAACCAGGCAGCCAAAAUCUGUAGUGAGGAGUGAACCAAGUGGCAAUCAUGGAACAAGCAAUGCUCCUGUCAGUCAGAACCUGAACACUGGAAUGAUUGGUCAACAGCUUUUACAAUCUCUUGCAUCUCGUAGCUCUGGUACAAACAGGGUGGGUGCAAAUGAGAUGCAUUCAGGUCAAGGACCUCCAUCUCUUGGCAGGAACCCAGAGAAUAUCCCACUGGGAGAGCAAGGUUCAGUUUCCCAGUUUGAUUCUUCUAGUGUUAUGUCUCAGGUGAUACAUAGCCCUGCCUUGAACGGUCUAUUGGCAGGUGUCUCUGAGCAAACUGGGGUUGGCUCUCCCAAUGUUUUGAGGAAUAUGUUGCAACAGCUCACUCAGAACCCCCAGAUAAUGAGUACUGUCAGCCAAAUUGCUCAGCAGGUCGAAAGCCAAGACCUUGGGGACAUGUUCUCAGGUUUAGGAAGUGGCCAAGGCAGUGGCAUUGAUCUUUCAAGGAUGGUCCAACAGAUGAUGCCGGUAGUUUCCCAGGUUCUUGGUCGUGGGUCAUCUACUCAGCCAUUCUCUCCUGUAGAACCUGAACCCCAGCUGCAGUAUAACGAGAGUAGAUCAAGUGAAAAUGAAAAACCUAAUGUUCAGAUUGACCUCCAGGAAGUGGCUCACAGAAUUGAACAUUCCGAUGCACCUGGAGAUAUUUUCCGUGCUGUAGCUGAAAAUGCAGGGAGGUUGAAUGGGAAUGAGAGCAGAUCGCUGGACAUUGUGCACGAGUUGAGCAACAAUGCGGAUCUAGUCAAUGAUUACAUGGAGAUGCUACAACGUGAUAUCCAUCAGCUUCUUCAGAGUGACCCUGUGAAUGAUGAGUCUUAAAUUAUUGUGACUUGUGAAAUAUGGUUUCUCAUCAUUUCAAUUUUCAAAUGUCCAAGGAAAUGAGUUGCCAGAAACUGUCACCCAGCAGCCAGCCAUGGAAUUGGUUUCAGCUUAUACAAUGCUUGUACAAAUGGGCAUGUGGCUCUUCGUGCUCCAUGCUAUAGGCAAACACCAUGAUUUUUCGGUUUAUUGUGAAUUAUUUGGAAUUUAUGACAAAAUUAUUUAUACAUCAAUAUUUUGAGUUUUGCUCAAGGGAUGAAAACGAUGGUCUGUUGUGUUUCUUUCUGGUCAGAUUUGAUCGAACAGAUAUCCAAUUGAAUGAUGUUUUUUCA